GUAGAACUACAACUUGUCCCCCAAGGACGGCCGAAGGGGAAAGUUGGUUGUAGUCACAUCUCUUGCUAUAAAAGGUUCAAAUUAAUCAGGUGACGACAUCAGUUCGCUAACGAUCUCGACCAAAGUAGUUGGGCGGUUUUCAUCACUACGGCCAUCAUGAAGAUAUCGAUGCUGACAGCCCUUGUUGGGACAAUUUGUGUGGCAUCAGCUGCUCCCCAAUUUAACUUCAAUAACGAACAGCCGUUGCCAUACAGCUUCGCGUACGGCGUCAAUUCGCUUGAAACUGGUGACAUCAAAGAGCACAAGGAAACUGUAUCACCUUCAGGCGUCACAGAGGGUGAAUACAGGUGGCUCCAGCCUAAUGGACUCUUCAGAGUGACUCGGUACACCGCAGACAAUGGAGGAUACCGCGCAGUUGUUAGUGAAGAGGCAGGAACACCAGUCGCCACAUACUACACCAACAGUCUCCAAGGCUCAGGACCAUCACAAGGGUCAGUUAUCACCAGUUUCCGGUCAAAUAACCAGGCCAUCGGCGGUUUUCAGCCUGGAAACCUCGUCAUUUCCAGGGCACAGGAUUUCCAGAAUCAAGGCUUCACAAACUCGCCCAACUUCCAAAACCGAGAAUUCACAAGCUUCCAGAACCAAGAUUUCAGAAGCCCACGAAUCACCAUUUCUCAGGGUUCCAGUAAUGGACAAACUUUCCAGGACGGAGGUUUCCCUGGAUCUCAAGUUUUCCAGAAUCAAGGGAACGUAAUUGAUGGAGGAAUUAUUGAUGGUGGAAUCAUUGACGGGGGAGUCAGUUUCAUUGAUGGGGGAGUCACUAUCAGUUCUUCCAGCGAUUUUGAGCCCGGUUUCAACCGAUUUGUAUCAAAUCAAAACAACUUCAACGCAAAUUUAAAUGCUAAUUUUGGUCCUUUCGGUGAUUUUAAUAGGUUUGACAACUCAGGGUUCAGAAACAGAAACAUUAAUGGUGGGACGGCCGUAGUAUUAGCAUCGAACCAAAACAGAUUCUUAGGCUGAUGGCCCAGCGAUGGAGCCAUGCCAGUUUAACGCUGUUU